AUGACCGACCCUUCAGACGAUCCAGUCAAGCAUCUGCGUCAAGAGUAUAUGAACAACCCUCCGAGUUCAACAGCAAUCGAAACUGCCGCCCCUCAAAACCCUGCCUUGCAGCGAGCGACCACUUCAUACUUUUCCGUCCCUCGACGUCAACCCCCAGCUGAGGAGCCUGCUCCCGCUCCUGCUGCGCCGGAGUCUCCGGUGGAAAUUGCUAAGGGUGCUAGUUCAGGCAAAGACCUGCUUCGCCGGCUCAGCCUUGUCGACCAGAAAGACGCCGAGACCCUGGAUGUCGAUCCUCGUACCGCCUACCCGGGACUGAGGUUGAGCGGGAAUGUGAUCAGUGCAACCUUUUGUAUUCCUUAUCAGCUCACCCAUGGACCGAAUGGCGAGUGGGCGCUUUCAAAUCGACGCGGCACCUCGGCCUUGUUCGACUCAUUUCGUUACCUUUCGUCCGAUAAGACGCCCUGGAAUCACACCUUGGUUGGAUGGACGGGCGAAAUCCAGACUCAAACCGACGCGCAUACGGUCACUGACUUACAGAAGGAUGCCACUUCGACGACUGCUCAAACUCAAGCACAAACACAAGCGAAUCCACCUCUCAACAAAUCCGCCGCACCCUACCCUGUGGAUGGUAACCUUCAGAGUCAGCAAAAUCCCCACGGUGAUCAUCUUCGGGUGCCACGUGCGGAGAGAUCCCGACUCGAGAAGAUUCUACUCCACCACCCGAACGGCAAGACUGUCCCUGUAUGGCUACCGGACGGCUCGACGGAUGACCAGGGUGAAUUCGUUUUUAGGGAUCAGAGUCGAUGGCGGAAAUAUCCCGAGCACGAGUUGUACACGCUCUUCCAUUACCGACAGCAUGGUCCAGACGAUGGCCGAGAGGAGAAGACCUCGUGGGCGGACUAUGUGCAAAUGAAUCAAGCAUUCGCCGACCGUAUUCUGCACAUCUAUCAACCCGGCGAUAUUGUUUGGAUCCACGAUUACCAUCUGAUGCUGCUGCCUAGUAUGCUCCGCCAGCGUAUCCCGAACAUCUACAUUGGUUUCUUCUUGCACAUUCCCUUCCCGAGCAGCGAGUACAUGCGGUGUCUUUCUAGGAGGAAGGACGUGUUGACCGGGGCUCUUGGCGCCACCAUGAUCGGAUUUCAGGCCUACAGCUUCUCCCGGCACUUCAAUUCAUGCUGCAAACGCAUCUUGGGCUUUGAAUCCAGCUCGGCUGGAGUCGAUGCAUACGGCGCCCACGUGGCGGUGGAUGUCUUUCCCAUCGGCAUUGACGUGGCCUCGGUGCAGAAGCUGGCGUUUCGGGACCCGGUGAUAGCGCAGAACAUGAAGGCAUUGAAACAGCUGUAUGCGGGCAAGAAAAUCAUCGUCGGGCGCGACCGACUCGACACCGUCCGAGGGGUGGCGCAAAAGCUGAUGGCCUUCGAGAUGUUUUUGGAGCGGUAUCCCGAAUGGCGCGAGAAGGUGGUGCUGAUCCAGGUGACCAGUCCGACCAGCGUCAUGGAAGAGAAGGUGGACGGUCCUCAUAAGAUUGAACAUCACAUCUCGGAACUCGUGUCCCGGAUCAACGGCAAAUAUGGAUCUUUGAGCCACGCCCCCGUCCAGCAUUACCCACAAUAUUUGAGCUCCCAAGAGUACUUUGCACUUCUGCGGGUAGCCGACGUCGGGCUCAUUACCAGUGUCCGAGACGGAAUGAACACCACCAGUCUGGAGUAUGUCAUUUGUCAGAAGGACAACCAUGGCCCCUUGAUCCUCUCGGAAUUCUCUGGAACGGCGGCCAGCUUAAGCAAUGCCCUCCACAUCAACCCGUGGGACUUGGGAGGAGUGGCCAAAGCACUGAAAUAUGCGCUCGAGAUGCCCGAAGGAAAGAAGAAGAGCGACCACGAGAAACUGUACCACUACGUGACCACCCAUACCGUAGCGACGUGGAGCAACAAUUUCCUGAGGCGACUGCUCACCAACCUGACAUCUUUUACCCAGAACGAACUCACCCCGGCCCUGGAUCGCAAUCUCAUGAUCCAACAGUACCAAAAGGCUAAGAAGCGCCUGUUCAUGUUCGACUAUGACGGGACCUUGACUCCUAUUGUCAAAGACCCGAAUGCCGCCAUUCCGUCCGACCGCGUGCUGCGAACGCUCAAGGCCCUGGCUGCCGAUCCUCGCAACAAUGUCUGGAUCAUCAGCGGGCGCGACGCUUCCUUUUUGGAGGAGUGGAUGGGACACAUCACCGAAUUGGGGUUGAGUGCUGAGCACGGUUGUUUCAUGCGUCGCCCGGGUUCCGAGCAGUGGGAGAACCUCGCCGAAUCGAUGGACAUGGGUUGGCAGAAGGAGGUGAUGGACAUCUUCAGCCACUACACGGAACGCACACAAGGAUCAUGGAUUGAGAGGAAACGCGUGGCUCUGACCUGGCAUUACCGGCAGGCCGAUCCCGACUUUGGAGAGUUCCAAGCGCGUGAAUGUAAGAAGGCUUUGGAGGACAACGUCAUGAAAACAUGGGACGUCGAAGUCAUGUCGGGAAAAGCGAAUCUAGAAGUCCGCCCGCAAUUCGUCAACAAGGGGUUCAUCGCCACGCGGCUGAUCAGCGAGUAUGGAUACGGCGCUGGCGAUCCGCCCGACUUUGUGCUUUGUCUGGGAGAUGAUCAGACGGACGAAGGCACAGAUAUGUUCCGGGCUCUUUUGAAGACCGACUUACCCAAGGAGAAUGUCUUCGCUUGCACGGUUGGAGCGAGUAGCAAGCGGACCCUUGCCACGUGGCAUUUGCUGGAACCCAGCGAUGUUAUUGCGAGUAUCGCCUCGUUGAUCAAGCAGGAGAAUCUAUGA